UUCAAAACAUUCUUUGCUAUUUGUAGCUUGAAAACGUUCUUCAGGUGACAGUAUCAACAAGCAUUUGGACGGCUAAGCAAGUCUUUGAGUUCGUUUUCCAGUAAAAGCAAUUGUGAUAAAUAAAAUAUAAAGAUGAGCUUCCGCGAUGAUUUCUACUUAAAAGAAGCUACCCUUGUAAAUCGUGCAAGACGAGAAUUGGCUAAUGGCUUGCAAAAGGAUCCAAUAGAAAAUUUGAGAUUGCUAUGCUUUGCGCAUGGAGUAACUGGCAUAUUAAAAUUAUCCAGAGCCCUCCGUAGCAUGGAGAACGAUGGAACUAAAACAUUAAAUUUUGAAGAAUUUAAGGCUGCAAUGCAAAAAAGUGGAAUGGGUUGCAGUGAAAACGAAAUCAAGGAGUUAUUUGAUGGCUUCGUCGAUGAGAAUAAGGGAGUCUUAAGUACGAAUGAUUUCUUAGCCAAAGUUCGGCCUGCCAUGACACGUUCAAGAUUAGAAGUAAUCGAAAAAGCCUUUGCAAAAGCCGAUCCCACUGGCAAUGGCGUAAUUUUCGUAGGAGAUUUGAAACACAUUUACAACGUUAAGGAUCAUCCCAAAUAUCUCAGUGGUGAAUUGACUGAAAAGGAAAUACUUACAGAUUUUCUAAACAAUUUUCGUAGCGACAAUGGAAAAUUUAAUGAUGGCAAGAUUUACAAGGAAGAAUUUAUUAAUUACUAUUCUAGUGUCAGUGCCUCCAUUGAAAGAGAUGCUUACUUCGAUUUGGUUAUGCGCCGUGCUUACAAGCUAUGAAACUUCGUGCCGAAUAUAUUGUUCACAUUCACUAGCUAAUGUUUUUGUGUUUUGU